GCAUCUGAAGAAGAGGAGAGAACAAAAAAAAGGUGGAAGCUUUGGACUUUGGAAGCGCCUAGCCUAACAAUAGGAGGAAGACAGCGAGCUGAUCGAAGAUUAGCGAGUCCGCGCUGUUUGGGGCGCAGGGGAGGUUGAAGGAUUCGAUCUCGCGUUGGCGGGGGAAAAAUUCGGUGGAAGUUUUGGGGGAGGAGGAGGAGGAGGAGGAAGCGGCGAUCUUUGCGAGGAAAGGGGAAUUCUUUCGAGGUGGUGGCGGUGGUGGCGCGAUGCUGCGGUGGCUGGCGCGGCCGGCGGAGAGGUGCCUGGGGCGAGGAGGAGGAGGAGGAGGGGGAGGGGGGGAUGGGCUGAUGUGGCACGCGGAGCUGAAGCCGCACGCGUCCGGGGAGUACUCCAUCGCGGUGGCGCAGGCGAACGCGAAGCUGGAGGACCAGGGGCAGGUGGUGACCUCGCCGGCGGCCACCUUUGUCGGCGUCUACGACGGCCACGGCGGCCCGGAGGCGUCGCGGUUCCUCUCCUCCCGCCUCUUCCCGCACCUCCAGAGGUUUGCAUCUGAGCAAGGUGGCAUGUCCACUGACGCAAUCAAGAGGGCAUUCCAUGCCACCGAGGAGGAGUUCUUGCAACUGGUCAAGGGAUCCUGGAUCAAGCAGCCACAGAUUGCCUCAGUUGGUUCAUGCUGCCUCGUCGGAGCAAUUGCCGAUAAUGUUCUCUAUGUCGCCAAUUUAGGGGACUCAAGAGCCGUUCUUGGCCGUCGGGGACCUGACGGCAGGCAGGUAGUGGCCGAGAGGCUAUCCAAUGAUCACAAUGUUGCAGAGGAGGAGGUCAGAAAGGAGCUCACCGAUCAGCAUCCUGAUGAUUCGCGUAUAGUCGUCUAUACCCGAGGAGUUUGGAGGAUUAAGGGCAUCAUUCAGGUUUCCAGAUCAAUUGGAGACGUCUACCUGAAGAAGCCUGAAUUCGCCAGAGAUCCUAAAUUCCGGCAAUCUGUUUGUCCUAUCCCAUUGAAGCGGCCUGUCAUGACGGCUGAACCAUCAAUCAAAGAACACCAGUUGAGGCAGCAAGACUUAUUCUUGAUAUUUGCAUCGGAUGGUCUGUGGGAGCAGCUAACUGAUAAAGCAGCGGUGGAUAUUGUCUUCAAGAAUCCCAGAGCAGGGAUAGCGAAGCGAUUGGUGAGAGCAGCACUGACUGAGGCUGCAAGGAAAAGAGAGAUGAGAUACACUGACAUCAAACAUAUAGACAGAGGGACGAGGCGGCAUUUCCACGACGAUAUCACAGUUGUUGUGCUCUAUCUUGACCGUCACAAGCAUGGUGUGCAGCCUAUGUUGGGUAACAGAAAUAGUUUUAGGUUCACCAAUGCACCGGUGGACAUCUUCUCCGGCAGCGCAGAUGAGGUGGAUCACACCACCCUCUCAAGCUGAAUCUUGCAAUGGAUGGCACUGUGCCGCUGUGGGUUAGGAUUGUGUCUUCAGAGAAGUAAAAAAGAGUAAACGUAGUCAAAAGAGAAGUAACAGAAAAUUGUGAAUUUCUCUUUUCUGUCCCAUACAUUGAGCCAAACAUACCUUUCACCCAAGAUACAUAAACAUGAGAUGUACUUAGAGGUUUGAAGUUUUACUUUUCUUUUUCUGUACAUAUUGGAUUUGUAUAAACUGUCUAGACUCCCAGCGAAUGUCUCAUAUCCAAGCAAGGUGAUGUUUCUGGAGAGGGAGGGAAGGGGGGGGGGGGGGAAUAAUCAUCAAAGACUGAUCCUCCAAACAGAAAAGGGAAAUCUAAAGAUUGUUCCUUUGCCUGUCUAGCAAGCCGAGAAUUGUUUUUCAUUGAUCCUGAAGAUGUGUUGAACACUGUGAAUGGGUCUGAACUCAGAAGUGGGUUCAAGAUUCCCAAAAAAAAAGGAAGGAAAGAAAGAAAGAAAGAAAACCUGAGAUUGCUUGGCUUUGUGUGUGUUGUGUGCAUGCAGAUGCAGUAGCAUGGCUGCAUGGGCUGGCUGUCAGCUGUCACCAAAAGAAGUGCUUUCCAGCUUUUGUGACUUUCUCUUUAGCAGGCUUGGUGUUUUCUUCUUGUUUCACUGCUUGCUAGGCAGCUACUCCUGCAUCUGUAUAGUCAGAUGAUAUUGUAAUCUCCUGUGAGCCCAACGGUUAUAUCUACUCUCUCUGUCUCAAAAGAAAAUAAAUUUAUGAGCAUGAAUUUGAACAGCACU